AUGUCAUCAGCUCAACAAAAUUCUGAAAAAAUUGAUGCAGCUUUAAGAGCUUUAAAUAAAACACCAAAUCAAACUCGUGAUUUUUCAAUUCAUAUUACAGAAGAUGGUCAAAAAGUUUCAACAAAAAAUCGUAUAAAUAAUAAUGUACCACCAAUUAUAAAUAAAAAACCUUCAGAUAAUGAAUUAUUCUUAUCAAAUGGUAUACCCAAUUUAGAUUUUUUAAAAAAUCAUUUCCUAAGAGAAGGUAGAUUAACUGAAGAACAAACUAUAAAAAUUUUAAAAAUGGGUUCAGAUGUCUUGAGAAAAGAACCAAAUUUAUUACAAGUUCCUGCUCCAAUUACUGUUUGUGGUGAUAUUCAUGGUCAAUAUUUUGAUUUAAUUAAAUUAUUUGAAGUUGGUGGUGAUCCAAAAGAUACUUCAUAUUUAUUUCUUGGUGAUUAUGUUGAUAGAGGUUCUUUUUCAAUUGAAUGUUUAUUAUAUUUAUAUUCAAUUAAAAUUACUUAUCCAAAUACUUUUUUCCUUUUGAGAGGUAAUCAUGAAUGUAAACAUUUAACUGAUUAUUUUACAUUCAAGAUGGAAUGUUUACAUAAAUAUUCAUCAAAUGUUUAUAAAGCUGCAUGUGAUUCAUUUAAUACAUUACCUUUAGCUGCUUUGAUGAAUGGUCAAUAUUUUUGUUGUCAUGGUGGUAUAUCACCAGAAUUAAAUAAACCUGAAGAUUUAAAUAAAAUUGAUCGUUUUAGAGAACCUCCAACAAGAGGUUUAAUGUGUGAUAUUUUAUGGAGUGAUCCAAUUGAAGAUUAUGAUGAAAAUACAGAUGAUGAUGCCCUGUUUAUACCAAAUAAUGUUCGUGGUUGUUCUUAUGCUUAUACAUUUAAAGCUGUUUCAAAUUUCCUUACAAGAAAUAAUUUAUUAAGUGUUAUUAGAGCUCAUGAAGCCCAGGAUGCAGGUUAUAGAAUGUAUAAGAGAACUGAAACUAUGGGUUUCCCUUCAUUAUUAACAAUGUUUAGUGCACCAAAUUAUUUAGAUACUUAUAAAAAUAAAGCUGCAGUUUUAAAAUAUGGUAAUAAUGUUAUGAAUAUUAGACAAUUUAAUUAUACACCACAUCCUUAUUGGUUACCAAAUUUUAUGGAUGUUUUCACUUGGUCAUUACCAUUUGUUGGUGAAAAAAUUACAGAUAUAUUAGUUUCAGUUUUAAAUAUUUGUACUGAGGAAGAAUUAGAUGAAGAUACUCCAUUAGAUGAAAAUUUCAAUAAAAUUGAACCUAUUCCACAACAAUCAAAUGUUCAAACAUCACCUGAACCAAUUGAAGUUGAAAAUGAAUCAUUAUUGAAAAAACGUGCAUUACGUAACAAGAUUUUAGCAAUUGGUAGAGUUUCAAGAAUGUUUCAAAUCCUUAGAGAGGAAUCUGAAAAUAUUGAUAAAUUAAAACAAUUAACAGGAGGAAAAUUACCAAAAGGUUCAUUAUUAGGAGGUUCAGAUGGAUUAAGAGAACAAAUUAAUAAUUUCCAAGAUGCAAAAAAAGCAGAUUUAGCUAAUGAAAAAUUACCACCAACUCAUAAAGAAAUUGAAUUAGAAGAUAAAGAACGUGAAGAACGAAUUUUAAAAAAAAUUGAUGAUUCUGUUGAACAUGAUCCAAAAAUUCAAAGAUUAGCAAGAAAAUAUUCAAAUUCAAAUUUUAAUAGAUGA